CGCAGCGAUAACCAUGACGAGCGCGCAGUCGAUGGAGGAGGAGCUGCAGCAGAGCGUCAUGCUCUCCGAGGAUGCCAGUUUCGAGACAGCAGAUUCGGCAGGUGAGAGCGCGCAUUCGCCCAGCGCCUUGAAGGCGAGGACUCUGAGCACGAUCUUUGCUGACAACGGCACAGGCGGCAACGACGGCAUGGAGGUGGACGAGGAUGACGACGAGCUGAGUGAUCGCGACGCUUCUGGAGAAGAGAUCGAUGAGGACAUGGACCAAGAUGCAGAGGGGGAGGACUACACCGAGCUUGUGGAUCAGCAGAUUGUUGUCAGCAACGGUCACACUUUGCAAGCGAACGACGACGAUGAAGAAGACGAAGGUGACGACGAGGAUGGGGACGAGGAUGGAGACGAAGGCGUGGGCGCAGUCAAGAUCAAGCCAGGGGAUACGGAUGACGAAGACGACGACGACGAUGAUGCGGACGACGACGCGGAGAGUGACGUAUCAGAUCUGCUGAGCGUUGCUGAAGACGAUUCUGACGAAGAGCCUGCCUGGGAAGAAGCGGGAGGCGUGGAAGAGGACGAUGAUGAAUCGGAGACGGCACCCACGAAUAUCUGCAUGUUUUGUCGACAAGAUGAAGAAAACGACCCAAGCGAGGAUUUCGAGGCAUUCCUGACGUGCAUCAGAUGUAACGAAAAUGCUCACCAGCAAUGCGCGCGAGAUGCGGCGGCUAUGAGCGAACAGAACAAUGCAAAACGUUGGAGAUGCCCAGAGUGUGAUAACGGUGAAUCUGACCGGGACGAACCGGAGGAACGAGAGCGGGGGGCCAGCGUCGAUGGCGAAGUAAGAAAUGAGUCGCAGCUCUCCGACGCCCCUGGCGAUGCCUCCCCUGAACGAUGGAUGCAGGAUGGCGUAGAGGCAGGAGACGAUCACACACCCCACGCAGAGGUCUCGGGUGAGCCUCGUAUGCUGCGGAAGAGGAAGACUUCAUCUGCCGAGCCCGAAGAGGCCACUGUUACCCUGCGAAGACGACGGCGCGGCCUCUCUACGGACGCCACGUCGGCCAACGAAGAUACCGACAGCAGAUCGGCGGAGCAAGCUAGGGGGAGCUCUCGCGCGGUUCGGCUGAAGAUCUCUCGCCCGUCCCUCGUCGUUGUCGACAAGAAGCUGCCAGCGUCUCUGGUGGUGACGAUGCGUGUGCGACCGGGAAAUCUUAAGGAGAUACUCUCCCGCAGGCGAAGAGAAAGGAGGCGUUCUGGAACAAGCGGACGACGGCCGCGGACGCCAGUCGCGUCGUCAGCCGCCCGCCGCAACUCUACGGCCGUUGCAGCAACGCCGUCCGUCCUUCAGACGCCGUUUACCACUGAUUUUUACUCGACGCCGUUUUACUCUCUGUUUGAUAAGGAAACCGAAGAUAUGAAGGGAAAGCCCUACGGAGGCAUCUUGACGGAAGCAGAAGCAGACACAUCAAAGACACUGCCGCAGCCCGAGGAUCGGAAACGGUUCGACCAGGCCAAGCAGCGCGCAGAAGACGAGUGGAGAGCUCGUGUUCUGCAAAUGCAGGCGGAGGUGGACGUGCCCGUUCGCAAGUCGAAGAAGUCGAGCGACAAUGCGAGCCAGAUUGAGUGUAUCGAGUUUGGCGGCUGGGAGAUCGACACCUGGUAUGCGGCGCCAUAUCCAGCCGAGUACAGCAGGAACCGCGUGCUCUACAUCUGCGAGUUCUGUCUCAAGUACAUGAACUCGGACUACGUGGCGUGGCGGCAUAAGCUCAAGUGCGGUGCGAAACACCCCCCUGGCGAUGAGAUCUAUCGAGACGGGUCAGUGUCGGUAUUCGAGGUUGACGGCCGGAAGAACCCGGUCUACUGUCAAAACCUGUGCCUGCUGGCAAAGCUCUUUCUGGGGUCCAAGACGCUGUACUACGACGUGGAGCCGUUCUUGUUCUACGUCUUGUGCGAGUACGACGACUGCGGCUACCACUUCGUCGGCUACUUUUCCAAGGAGAAGCGCGCAAGCAGCCAGAACAACGUGUCAUGCAUUCUCACCUUGCCGAUCCAUCAGAGAAAGGGAUACGGCAAUCUACUUAUUGACUUCUCAUACCUCCUCACCAAAGUAGAGGAGAAGACGGGGUCGCCCGAGAAACCACUCUCGGACAUGGGACUUGUUUCCUACAGAAACUACUGGCGCCUGCGGCUUUGCCGAUACUUUAUCGAGACGAUGAAGGAUGACCAGCACAAGCAGACAGGCCUCAGCAUCCGGCAGAUAUCAGACGAUACGGGCAUGACGCCCGACGACGUAAUUGCCGCCUUGGAAGGUCUUCGAGCGCUGGUGCGCGAUCCGCAGACAAAGGUGUACGCCUUCCGGAUCGAUCUGGAGUACUGCCGACAGUACGUGGCCAAAUGGGAAUCAAAGGGCUAUGUGCAGCUGAAGCCCGAGGCUCUUGCCUGGACGCCAUACGUGAUGGGCCGUAGCAAUGCCGUCAACUUUGAGCUGGGGCCGCCCAUCAAUACGAUUGCCCCUCGCGAAGACGACGAGGCUAAGCUCGAGGAGGGUGUGAAUGGCAUUUCCGGAGGAGGCGACCACCCCAUGAUAAUGAACGGCGACAUGAACGACGGCUCACAGCCGCGCGUUGGUUCUGCGUCGGAAAUGGGCGACUCGGCCAACGGCCACCCCGUGUUCACGCCACUCGUAUCGAUUGAAAGCAAGACAGCCCCCGAAGACAAGGAGAACGCGGAGCCGCGAGACGAAGCGAUGGAUGAUGUACAUUCGCAGCCAGAGUGGAUGUUGCCCUAUCGCGAUAUACCACCGAGCCGCUUUGAGGUUUUCCCGCCCGUAGCCGGUGGCCGCCGCGCUGACCGCUCGCGACAGAGCGUGAGCAGACCAUUGGCGCCUCGCACGGGAUCAACCAGCUCUCGACCGCGGCCAAAGAGGGCGGGAGGAAGCGCCCGUCGACCUACCGCCAGCCGCCCCAGAAGUUCCGGGACCAGGAGAAAGACGGGCGGCACUGGUCGUGGCCCCGGCAGAUGGCCCAAGGGGACGAAGAAGUCAGACUACGGAAACGCAGACAGCGGGCCGGGAUUGCCCCCUGGGUGGAGGGACAAGAUCCCCCACGCGCCGGACAAGGGCACGGACGGCGACCACAGCGUCACGACGUCUCUGGGGGACGAAGAGCCGGCUAAGGACGAAGUUCGGGUCAUGACACCCCAGCCAUCGAGCAAUGGCUUCGCGCACAGCGUGCAGCUGGGCGGCCAGGCGAUUGAGAGGUCCGGCAGCCGCGGGGCGAACGGUAGAGGCGCAGAGGGCGAGGAGGAGGGGGAGGAAGAAGAAUUGGACGUUGACGCCGAAGGUGAAGACGAGUAA